UAAAUUGUUUUGUUUUUGUUGUUUUUCUAACCUCAAAUCUUAUGCAAAUUUACGACUGAUAAAUAUUACGUUUAAAUGGAUUCUUCUGAUUUUGAGUCAAUAUGCCGAGCGUGUAUGAAGAAAGGUUCUUUAAUCUCCCUAUUUACCUAUCAUCACAAUUACUCGGUUCAACUGUGGGAAAUGCUUCACUUGUGCUCUUCGAUAGCGAUAAACCCCGAAGACAAUCUCCCGCGUAACAUCUGCACCGAAUGCAAAGUGAGUCUUAUCGCUCUGUACAAAUUUCGGGACACAAUUUUGACCACGGACGCGAUAUUGCGACGACUUCUGAAAGGAGGCAGGCAUAAAGCAGCCAAGGACAUUGUCGAUGAGGUGAAAGUGGAGCCGACCGAAGAACGGGCUGAGAUUAUUUCGUACCGCGAGGAAAUUGUGAAGGCGGAGUCUGAUGAGAAGAAAAAGGUGAAGAGUCUACAAUGCGAAACAUGCGGUAAAUUUUUGAGUUGCCACAGCAAUUUGGCGCAGCACAUGCGUUGGCACACCGGUGAAAAACCGUUCGCCUGCGAUCUGUGCGGCAAAAAAUUCGCCAGAUCGGAACACGUCCGAAUCCAUCGGCGCAUACAUACGGGCGAACGGCCGCACGCCUGCAAGAUUUGCCACAAGAGCUUCGUGCAGUACGCCUCGCUGGCGGCGCACUCGCGCACUCACAGCGGCGAACGGCCGCACACGUGCCGCGUCUGCGGCAAGUCGUUUAGUCAGUCGGCCAGCUUGACGUACCACACGCGCACGCACACCGGCGAAACGCCGUUCACGUGCCAGAUAUGCAACAAGGGUUUCGCGUACUCCGGCAAUCUGAGCAUACACAUGCGGUUCCACAGGAACGAGCGACCGUUCAGUUGUGACGUUUGCGGAAGGACGUUCGUGACGAGUUCGCAUUUGGCCGCGCAUACCAAACAGCAUACCGGCGAUCGGCCGCAUCGUUGCGAUGUGUGCGGUAAGGCGUUCAUGCGAAGCGAGCACUUGAAAGACCACCGGGUCACGCAUACCGGCGAAAAACCGCACGCGUGCAAGCUGUGUCCCAAACGGUACACUCAGAGUAGUCACCUGAAUAGGCAUAUGAAGAGUCAUAAAACUUGACACUGUCAUUGAAAUAAAUCAUUA